AUCAGACCAAAGAGAUAGCACGUAGGUUUCCAGCACAAGAUAACCCUCUCUUGUCCCAAUGCAGUUCGCGUACCAUUUUACCAAUAUAGUAUCUAAUUGAGGAACUGGGAUUCCUCACGUGAGAAGUUGAUUUGUAGUUUGAACACGUGGCUCAUUCAAGAAGCCGGACUAGUCAAGUAAAAAAAAAAAAUUAUCGAAUUUAUUUAGAGGCGGCGCCUAGCUGAACGUAGUGUGACAUUUUCACAGUCUAGAAGUCAUUCUUCUCCAACAUUUUUUUUUUUUUUUUUUUUUUUUUUUUUUUUUUUUUUUUUGGCGAAGCCCGCCAUUCUUGGUAAAGACUAUUGUAGGCUAACUUAUUUUCCUGGGUUGAAAAACAACACUAUCAUCGCAAUCUGAGAGUAUACUGCUUUUUUUUUUUUUUUUUUUUUUUUUUAAAGGGUUGCAUUUGCAGGGCUAAACAUAAUGAAUAAGCUUUAUAUCGGCAACUUGAGUGAAGACGCGAGCCCGGUGGAGUUGGAAAGUCUCUUUAAGGAGUGGAAUAUACCUUUUAGUGGCCCGUUUCUUGUUAAAACUGGUUACGCCUUUGUAGAUUGCCCAGAUGACAACUGGGCUAUGAAGGCCAUCGACACACUCUCAGGUAAAGUAGAACUCCAUGGAAAACUUAUAGAGGUGGAGCACUCGGUCCCCAAAAGACAAAGGAGUCGCAAACUUCAGAUCAGGAACAUCCCGCCACACCUGCAGUGGGAGGUGUUGGAUAGCUUAUUAGCUCAGUAUGGCACAGUAGAAAAUUGUGAACAAGUUAACACUGAGACAGAGACUGCAAUAGUGAAUGUUACAUACGGUGCCAAGGACCAGGCCAGGCAAGCAAUAGAGAAGCUUAAUGGCUACCAGCUAGAGAACUAUGAUCUGAAGGUGACCUACAUCCCAGACGAGAUGACUACGGCACAGUCCCCCCAGCAGCAGCCCCCUCACGGAGGCAGACGUGGGUUUGGUCAGAGGGGUCCUCCACGGCAAGGCUCCCCUGGUGCGGGCGCCCGGCCCAAACAGCAGUCGGACGUGCCACUGCGUGUGCUGGUGCCCACCCAGUUUGUAGGAGCCAUCAUUGGCAAGGAAGGAGCGACCAUUAGAAACAUCACAAAACAAACGCAAUCCAAGAUUGACAUCCAUCGGAAAGAGAAUGCUGGUGCUGCGGAGAAGCCAAUCACAAUCCACUCGACUCCUGAAGGAUGUUCCUCAGCUUGUAAAACGCUCAUGGAAAUCAUGCAGAAAGAAGCUCAGGAUACUAAAUUCACUGAAGAAAUUCCUUUGAAGAUUUUAGCACACAACAACUUUGUUGGACGACUAAUAGGAAAAGAAGGCAAGAAUUUAAAGAAGAUUGAGCAAGACACGGACACCAAAAUCACCAUUUCACCCUUGCAGGAUCUAACCCUUUAUAAUCCAGAGAGGACCAUCACAGUCAAGGGCAGUAUUGAAGCCUGUGCCAAGGCUGAAGAAGAAGUAAUGAAGAAAAUCCGAGAAUCCUAUGAAAAUGACAUGGCUGCGAUGAAUCUUCAAUCGCAUUUAAUCCCUGGGUUAAACCUGAAUGCCUUGGGUCUGUUUCCUCCCUCGUCUCCUGGGAUGCCACCCUCUCCAAUGAGUGCUGCUCCCCCCUCUGGCGGAGCCUCGUAUCCUUCAUUUGGGCAGCAGCAGCCAGAAUCGGAGACUGUACAUUUGUUCAUCCCAGCCUUGGCUGUGGGAGCCCUCAUUGGCAAACAAGGACAGCACAUCAAACAGCUCUCCCGCUUUGCAGGAGCAUCUAUUAAGAUUGCUCCAGCCGAAGGACCAGAGGCCAAGCAGAGAGUGGUGAUAAUCGCAGGACCACCAGAGGCUCAGUUUAAGGCUCAAGGAAGAAUCUUUGGGAAACUAAAAGAAGAAAACUUCUUUGGACCCAAGGAGGAAGUAAAGCUGGAGGCUCAUAUAAAAGUGCCGUCUUAUGCUGCUGGCAGAGUUAUAGGCAAAGGAGGCAAAACGGUGAAUGAGUUGCAAAACCUUACCAGUGCAGAAGUAGUUGUUCCAAGAGACCAGACCCCUGAUGAAAAUGAUGAAGUAAUCGUGAAAAUAACAGGUCAUUUCUAUGCAAGCCAGCUUGCCCAGCGAAAAAUUCAAGAAAUUUUGGCCCAGGUAAAAAGACAAGAACAGCAGAAAACGCUGCAGAGUGGACAGCCCCAACCAAGAAGAAAAUAAAGGAAAGGUUCAGGACCCGGGCCCAUCAGAUGGGUGCCAGACCAAGAGAAUGCUUGACUUGUCAGCAGGGAGCGCCACAAACUCCUGGUGGCUGUUCUUGACAAAUCCCAUCUACUCUGCCACCUUUUAUUUCGGACCAGGCAACCUUGGAACAGUCUCCUGAGAAUUUGCAUUUUGGCUUUGAAAACUAUUUUUUGGAACACAGCUUUAAAAGAGAACAAAAAUCAGACCCCUUCACUUUUUUUUUGUUCAUUCUCACCACCACAAAUCCUGGCUUUGUGUAGUGUGGUUUCUUUCUUCCCACAAACGGUUUUAUUAGACCCUGGUUUAAUGAAGCUUUCUCUUUUGAUUUCACUGGUUAUUAAAGGCAUGGCUCUUCUGUUUAAUUUGAUGUCUGGAGGAGGAGGAUUAGGGUGUGGUUUUGAUUAGGGGAGGGGAACAGGAAAGACAUCAAUACUCACGUGGCAUUUUAUGAAUUCGGAUGCUUUCUAUAGAAAAUGCUUCCCUAUUAACCUAAAGGGAAGUGUUGAAUGGUGUUGGCCAGGAUAUGAAAUUUAAUAUGCAUUUUACCGAACUACCUCAGGCAUAUAGUACCUCAG